GGUGGUGGGUUGAGUUAGCUUACUUUCGUAGCUUGUGUACCUUAAUGUUAGGCAUUAUUUAGCUGCCUGGCUAUACCGUUCAUGUGAAGUUAAAGUUAUAAACUGUAACAGGGGAUUAUUUACUCUUCAUCACCAAUCAACAUGAGUGAUCCUUGGCAAGAGUGCAUGGACCACUGUGUGGAGGUCACCAAAAAGGCUGGACAGGUGAUCCGUGAGGCGCUGCAGAAGGACAUCGCCGUCAUGCAGAAGAGCUCACCGGUUGACCUGGUGACCGAGACAGACCAGAGAGUGGAACAGCUCAUUAUAUCCUCCAUCAAGGAGAAGUACCCCACUCACAGCUUCAUAGGUGAGGAGUCAGUGGCAGCAGGAGCUUCCAGCGCUCUGACUGACGACCCCACUUGGAUCAUCGACCCUAUCGAUGGCACCACCAACUUUGUUCACAGGUUCCCAUUUGUGUCUGUAUCAAUUGGCUUCACCGUGAAGAAAAAGAUAGAGUUUGGGGUUGUCUACAGCUGCAUAGAGGACAAAAUGUACACCGCACGGAAAGGGAAAGGGGCAUUCUGCAACGGAAAACCCAUCAAAGUGUCUGGACAAGAAGAUAUCAGCCGAUCCAUCGUACUGACAGAAAUGAACUUCAGCGCGGAUCCUGAGCGUUUCAAUACAAUGUUGGCUAACGUCAAGACCAUCCUCACCAUCCCUGUGCAUGGUAUCCGCUCCCCGGGCAGUGCAGCUGUCAACAUGUGUCUGGUAGCGUGUGGGUCGGCUGAUGCUUAUUACCACAUGGGCAUCCACUGCUGGGACAUGGCGGGGGGGGCAGCCGUCGUCACCGAAGCUGGAGGAGUGAUCAUGGACAUUUCAGGUGGAGCGUUUGAUCUGAUGUCUCGGAGGCUGAUCAUCGCCAGCAGCAGAGCCAUAGCAGAGCGCAUCGCUAAGGAGAUAACAGAGUUUAACGUUGGCAGGGACGACACAGAAGGCUAGUGAAAUCAUUUCCAUCACGUUCUUUACCAACUCUACGGCUACUUAACCACCCGACUGUUUGGGAUUUAACAGUCGGGAUUCCGUCUUCGCCUUAAGAGCCAAAAUCAUAAACUGACCUCUGAAGAAAGAAGAUAGUCGGCGCGGUAGACUUUCUGCUUCCUUAUAAGUCCUUCCACACUUAGCCAUUUCUUUCUGCUUCCUUAUAAGUCCUUCCACACUUAGCCAUUCACAGAUUCAAACUUUUGUAUUGUUUUUUUUGGACAUUAAUGAGUUUGUGACGAUAGAAUUAUGUGUGUCCUUAUAGGUUUUAUAGCCUUUUCUUGCUAUUUCUAUUUAUUGAUAUGGACGAUGCAGUCAGAAAUAAAUCAUUGAUGAAGCACCGUUAUACAGCACUGAUGUUGUUAUUAAAUAUCUAGCUUUUGACCAAUAAGAUGGCUUUUCCAGGCAGGAUUUUAUUUGUAAUUUGAAUAUAUUUAAUGCUAGAUUUGUUUACACAGCACGUAUAUGAAGGUCAGAGUGUAGUACACCAAAUUCUGCGUGCAUAUAACCACUGUACUGUGUCAAUUAUUAAACAUGUCUAAGCUUAUACACACUGAUACUGUAGUGUUCAUGAAAACAUGUGUGUUUUGUAAGGAUGAAAGAAGAGAAUAAAGAACUAUACAUAUUCCCUG